AUGUCUCUGUCGGAUCCUGGUUACCUUCUGGAGAUCGAGCGGGAAAAACUUAAAUGCUCUGAUGUUGUCUUUUCCAUCGGAGCCAGAAGACGAAUCGCUACUCAACAUUCCAAGGAGCAGCAGGAAGCGAAAGUUCUCGAGCAACAUUCCACUUUCUCGAUUCUUGGACAUUACGAAACUCUUGUCAAGAAAACGUAUCCGACCGAUCCACCCUAUUUACCCAAAAAUCUUUUCAGCCGUGAGGAUGCUUGGCAGAUCACUAAGAAUUACACCUCAGUCUCCAAUGGAGCCUUUCUGCGAGAGAUCCUUGGAGGACAAACAAUACCUGGACUCUUUGAAACAAUCACAACAGGUAUUAAUUCUUGGCUUCACAGUAACUCUUACAAACAACACCAAGCCGAUCUUGAAGAUAUUCAGAUUUCAAUCGAUCAAGAAUUUCUUGACACAGAACUUAUUGAAAAAGAGCAUGAGGAGGAAUCGCGAUUGAAAGCUGUUGCAAGAGAUCUCAAAGCUCAAGGCAUCGCAGAUCGAAAGCGGUUACGCACCGAAAAGGCUUCACAAGCUCUGAAAUUGAAAGAGCAGAAACAGGCUGAUAAAAAUAAACAAAUUGUACAUUUUACGAGUACAUCAGGUUAA